CUGCGCCAGCCCCGGGAGCGAUGCGCCCCCAGCCGGGCGACGCUCCCUCUGCCAACUCGCCACCCAUGGGAUCCACUGCCCUCGGCCGCCCCGCUUGGAGCGCGUAGCUCUCGCCGCGCGGCCCAGGAGAGGAGUGAGACACUAAGGGGGUUUGCUGACCCUGCGUGCACCAGACUGCUGUGAACCCCUGAAGGGGAAGCAUCUGUAUUUGAGGAGAAAUACUUCUGUGUUUGAAAAAAGAGAAAGAAAAAGAGAAAGAAAGAAAAGGAAAGAAAGCAAGGAAGACCAUCUAGUCUUCAAUACAUGCACAUGAUUUGACUUAGAAGAACCCUCCAUCCUCAGGAACUCGAGGACAGCUGCCCUGGAACCCGUGUGGAAGUUAAGGAGACUGUGGCUGUGCUGGGGAUCUGAGAACAUCAUCUUAAUCCCAAUGUUGCCCUGACAUUUGUAUCUAAGAUUCAAGAAGAUUAAGACUAAAAAGAUGCCUCAGGAACAGUACUCCCACCACAGGAGCACCAUGCCCAGCUCAGAGGGGCCACACAUAUACAAAGUGGGGAUUUACGGCUGGAGGAAAAGAUGCCUGUAUUUCUUUGUCCUGCUCCUCAUGAUUUUAAUACUGGUGAACUUGGCCAUGACCAUCUGGAUUCUCAAAGUCAUGAACUUCACAAUUGAUGGAAUGGGGAACUUAAGAAUCACAGAAAAGGGUCUGAAGCUGGAAGGAGACUCCGAGUUCUUACAACCUCUCUACGCCAAAGAAAUCCAGUCCCGACCAGGUAAUGCCCUAUACUUCAAAUCUGCCAGGAAUGUGACAGUGAACAUUCUCAAUGACCAGACAAAAGUGCUGACUCGGCUGGUGACAGGUCCGAAAGCUGUGGAAGCAUACGGCAAAAAGUUUGAAGUAAAAACGGUUUCUGGAAAAUUGCUCUUUUCUGCGGAUGACAGUGAAGUGGUCGUGGGAGCCGAGAGAUUGCGAGUCUUAGGAGCUGAAGGCACAGUCUUUCCCAAAUCCAUAGAAACACCUAAUGUCAGAGCAGACCCCUUCAAGGAACUAAGGUUGGAGUCCCCAACCAGAUCUCUAGUGAUGGAAGCCCCAAAAGGGGUAGAAAUAAAUGCAGAAGCGGGCAAUAUGGAAGCCACCUGCAGAAGUGAGCUGAGACUGGAGUCCAAGGAUGGGGAGAUUAAGUUAGAUGCUGCGAAAAUCAAACUACCUAGGCUGCCUCGUGGAUCCUACACACCCACAGGAACGAGGCAGAAGGUCUUCGAGGUCUGCGUCUGCGCCAAUGGGAGGUUAUUCCUGUCCCAGGCAGGAACUGGUUCCACUUGUCAGAUAAACACAAGUGUCUGCCUUUGAAGGACUAUCCAUAGUGGACAAUUGUUGGCAGCAUAAAGGCCCUUUUUGGCUUGAGACACUGGCUGCCAGCUAUUUUUACUAGAACACAGAAAGCCUAUCAAAGACCUUUUGUGUGUGUGUGUGUGUGUGUGUGUGUGUGUGUGUGUGUGUGUGUAUGUGUGUGUGUGUGUGAGUGGGUUUGUGUGUGUAGUGAGUGGAUAUAAAUAUAUAUAAAUAUAUAUAAAUAAAUAUAUAUAUAUCCUCUGUAUAAAAUGAGGUUUCAGUACAAAAGGAACCAUGGGUGACCCUGUGACAUCAUCCACUGUCAUUUUCCCACUCCACCCCCAUCACCCACAUGACUGAAUCUAAGAACCCAUUCAGGCCCAGCAUUCCCCAGGCAAUUUCAAAUCACACAGUGGAUUGCGCACUUAGAGAAUAUCCAUCGAUAUUUUCAAGUAAUCCCCUGGUUUCUCUCUUAGAGUCAUUAGAGGCAGUGAUGGCGGGAAUCUUUGGAUCACUCUCAAGUAAUGAUACAUUGGUAUAAAAGAUAAACAUUUGACCCAUCUAUAAUCCCAACACCAGGCAAGUUGUGGUGAUGGAGGCCAGCCUGGGCUACAUAGUGAGGUUGUCUUUAAAACAUAGACAUUUGGUUUCCCUUUCUUAGCUUCAGCCAAGAUGGCCAAGUUCUUCUCUUCAAGAUAAGGCUAGGGUACACCCAUCGAAAUUAGUCACAAAAACUCAAAAUGGCCACCCUACCUUUGUAGACCAACAUACUAGGAGUUGUGUGGUUAAAAGAAUGGGGGCAGGGAGGUUGAAUUCUGAAAGAAUAUAAGUCACUCACCUGACUUCUACUUAUUCUACUUCCUUUAACUCACAUAGUUUCCUACAGUCAAAUAGUAAGAGCUUUUAAUCAGCAUAGAAGAGGACAUCAGCUCCUCCACCAAAGGCUAGAAGCUAUUUAAUGGACUGACAGACAAAAAAUACAUGGGCAAGACAUCUCAUUUCAGGGAAACCUGUCUCCCAAGUGUUUGGGUUCUCACUUCUGACUUUAUCCAACGGAUGAACUCAAAAUCAUUAAAUCAAUCAGAAUCCCAAAGAGUGAGCUCCAGAUCCCAAGAGAAGUUAUUUCAAGAUGGAAAUCUAACUAAGAGUACCAUAGGGAAGCUAACUAAUUUUCCUAAGUUUCUUGAGAUGGGUAGACCAUUGAGAGACACGUCAUAUUUUCAAGGGCUUGCACACUCUCUUGCUUUGCUCUUGUAGAUUGUGUCAAUGCUGGGUAUUCAUAUUCCUGAACUCACUGUUGUGAGACCUAAGCCACUACAUGCUGCCAGAAUUGCUCACAGCAGGUUAAUAUAAACAGAGUCAUGUGUCUUCAUCAGAACCACUAUCCCCUGGGUUCAGCAGCACCCAAUCCCAAUAUAUGGAAAUAGUCUCUAAUUCCCGCCAUCAGCUACCUCUUAUCAACCCCACUUUCAUUGCCAUGCCCCAGGGUCACCCUGGCCAGCUCUUGUGCUGGGACAGGGGAUUACACCAUCUCUGUUCAAAGAGGGGGAAAUGUGCCUAUGCCUUAAGCCAAUGCACUCAGCAAGGAGAAGCACAUCCUAUUUAUCUUGUUAUCUGUAGUUUAUUUUGGGUGGUUGAAGGGAAAUGGUUUAGUCAUGACUGGGCAUCAGAAACUGGUAGACAAACCAACUGGUUUCCACAUUUGGACUCAGAGGAGCCCAGAAUGGAGGUAUAACUGAAACUAGGUGAAACAGUGGCCCUACAAUCUUGAAUGAAGUUGCUUUUGUAGGCCUCAGUGGUAUUUGUUUUUGUUUUUGUUCUCCACAAGGUUCUAAUUUUUCUUACUCCACAAGCUGAACGGUUUGUUAUAGGAGACAAAAAAAAAAAAAGAGGUUUGCUAUUUCUAAUAUGAUAAGCAAGCAACAGGGUGAGGUUUGCACACAUGGAAUGUACUCCUCAGUUGCUUAUUGCCACAAAGCAGGGACUGUCCGAACCUGACUCAUGACUUGGACUUCUGGCUUCUAGGCCAGGCCUGGCUCCCUUCACCCUCUCUGUAUAUUUUAUGCAGAGGCACUGGAUGGGUCCAUUUUAGGCCAAGAACUUAAAAUUGCUCCAUUUGCAGUAUGGAAAUCUAAAACAGGAUCCUGUAAGGGGCCUCAGGUUACUGGACCUCUUAUAGGCCUUUCUGCCAGGAUCUUAUAGGCCCUUUCCACCAGGAUCUGCCUGUCUCACAUACAGGUAUCAUUUUCAAGUCACAAAAAGCCCUUCUUAGCUAUUAGAAGCACCUACCCUAUAUUCUUCAGAUAAACAAUAACUCUGAAGUCCCUUGUGGCUAAGUAUAUAAAGAAGACAGGGUUGUUUGGGAGGGGGUGUUUCGUUUUGUUUAAGCAGACAAACUGCCUUUGCAUUUGACCAACUCUCACCCAUUGUCCAUGGAAAAGAAGAAAAAACAUGAUUCCCUGAACCUCUUCUGAUUUUAUUUCCAAUUGUGACAUACUCCUUGGGAAUUUUAUGACAAUUAAAAAAAUAUUAUGGUUAUACAUGCGAUAUUGAAUCUGAGAGCAAACAAAUCACACAAACACAAUAAAAAUAAUAACAAUUGAGAAUAUAAAUCAAGAACUCUAUGGAGGAAUACAUGAUACAAAGUUCUGGUUAAUUCUGGUUUUCAAUGAGGUUAAGGAACCACAGGACACCAGGUAAUAUAGAGGAUCUCUGGCAUGAGAAAAUUACAAAUUUCAGUUCAGACUAGAAACUGCUAAAAUGCAUUCUUAGUUGUAAAUGAACACACACACACACACACACACACACACACACACACACACACACACACAAUGCUCUCCAACCAGAAUAUUUGUCCAUAGUCAUGAGAGAAGCUUUCACCAGAAUUCUAGAGAAAGGGGUCAGCAUUUAUAUUAAUGUCUGCUGACCCCUACUUUUUGAAAAUGAGAGUCUUUCUAAUCUUUAUAUAUAGUAUCUUCUAGACAAUCAUAUUCCUGGGUAAGCAGCUGGUGGAUUAACAGGAUUCAAAUGAUUCUUCAGCCUCUUAGACUUCUGGUAUGCUAAUAUUCUUCAGAAAACAUUUUACAAAUCAACAUGUAAUCUCCAGAUAACAUUUAUCAUUUAGUUCUGUUUAUCAUGUCUGUUCUGAAAAUCAUGAGAGUUUCAUUUAGAGGGACUACCUCAAGAUGACAUGGGUUUUAAAGAGCUCUAUGGUGACAUCUAUAUAGGUAGAAACUUGAUGUGUGGUUUCAUAAUUGUUACAUGACUAAGGGAUAGCACUUACAGACUUGAACUGGGUUUUUUUUUAGCUUCCUUCAGGUCAUUCUCUCUCAAGACAAAUGGUACUGCACAUCCACAAACCAUAGACCAAAGAUUAUUUGAGGGUUGACCCUAUAGAAAGGGUCAAUAAACUUCAAACUGGAGACCAAGCCUGAUUCCACAGCCACAGAUAUUUACAAGUCGUAUAUGAGCCAUGUCACUCUGUACCCUCACCAUUGACUGCAUGUCCAACAAAACAACGUUGUGAUUAUACAGCCCUUUACAGAAGACAUUUGCUGACUCCUGAGUUACAGAUCACUUGUAGAAUGUGUUAGACAUAGUAGAACAGAAGGCAGAUUUCUCAGGCACAAGGAGUAGCCUGUUUCCAUGGGGGCUUGGGAAUAUAAAACUUGGCUGAGGUUUUAAGAAAGAUGUAUCUAAGAGAGAAGGCAGCUCAGAGGACUUGGGGUAACUGAGAAAGUGGAACGAAAAGAAGCUUGGAAAUAGGAAGCUGUGUUCCUCCCACCCUUUUCAGGGGAGCUUUGAUGGCUGUUUCUCGGAUGAGGGAUGCUUCUCAAGUGAGCAAUGCUUGACCAGAAGUGAGCCAGGGAGAAUGAUCUUGAUUCACAAUCUUUUCCCUAAAAAUAGUUGAGUCCAUCUACACCUACAAAGACUGGAUCUUCUCAUGUGCCAGAGAGACUUCCACAUCUAGGUCUACCAGAGAAUGCUUUUGACCUUAGAUGAACUCUGUUACCCAUACCUCCAAUGUGGCCACUGUUCCUACAGCCCCAGGUUAGACCGAUGAAUCACCGGAAGGAUGCAAAACAAUAACAUCUUUAUAUAUGUAAAAAUAAACAGUGAAAUUCUAUGGAGCUAUUUCUAGAAGUGACCAGAUGAGUGGCAGUGUACUUUUACUCUUCCAAUUUGGGUCUUUUCUUUGCUCCUUUGGAGUGGAAGGAAUACAAAAAAAGGACAUGUUUCAUGUUCACAUACCUCUGCUUCUGUGUGGUAAGAUCAGUUGCUACCACAGAUCUGCCCCUUUUGCUGAUAGUGGUGUUAUACUUACUAUUGUUAAUUCAGCAUCAUUAUAAAUGAACUUUUAUGGGUGUGAGUAUUUUCCUUGGAGAGACAGGUAUAUUUCAAUGAGAAUGUCUACCAUUUUUUGGUCCUUAAUCUACAUCACUACAGGAAAGCCUUCCACGUGACUAUAUCUGAAGGAUCAAGUUGGCAGACCCAAUGAGAGUAUCCUGGUUUUAUUUAUUUUAAACAAAAGAUAGCAUAAUGCUUGGGCCAAAGGGUUGAAUUGAUCCAUUUUUAAGUAUCUGAUCCUUUAUUAAGGAUGAAUAAAAGAUGAAAAAUCUUAUUUAUAUAAGUUGUAAACAAAACAAGAUCUCCCUCCCUACACCACACACCUUAGGAAGUCUUAGGUAUGAAAACAAGAUAAUAAAGAAUCAGUUCCUUGAGUGACACAUUUGUAUGGUGCAUCAGUGGCAGGCAGGUUGCAGAACAGUUCUAAUGAAAGAAACAACCUUAGAAAGCAGGCCUUUUAUCGCAAAGAUAAAAUGUCUCUCUUGCAGCUUUCUGUCACUUUUUCCUUGGAGGAAGGCUUCUCCAGUUCCAACAUAUUUCCAUUAAAAUAGUUGGAGUUUACUGCACCAGGAUGUCAGAUGUAUCUCUUUCUCUGUAGUAAUCGGAAUUUUAAAUUGUACAGUUGCCUCUGAAUUUCUCAUUCACAAAACCAAACCACUGAUCAGUGAUAAAGCAGCCACAAGCCUGCUGCUCCAGGCAGCAUAAUGCACCAUAGGCAUUAGCACUUUCUAAAGCAAUGUGAUUUCUAUAAGUCUUAAAAGCUUUCUUCAUAAUGGAGUCCUUGUAACUUGUCAAGGCAGGUCUGAAUGACAAAGGGGAAAUAAUUGCUCAUGGGAGGUCCUCUUUCUGAGUAUAGUUGGAGCAUAAGGGUAGAAGAAACUCCCCUGGGGAUACCCAGGCUCACACAAGUGAUUUGGUCCCUCCCUUCCCCAUCUUGCUUUUGAGGAAAUGGACAGAGUAAGAAAUCAGUAUCUUCUUUUGAGGAAGAGUGAAUGCCAUGAGCCUUUGAUGCAGUAGGGAAGGUUAUGUCACAACACAACAUUAAUGAUGCCAUCAGACCCAUCCACAAAGAGUUGCAAGUAUAUAGCAACAGCAAUGCCAACUGCUGCCCCUUAACAUAAACCCAGCAGCAGGCAGCAGCAGGAUACACUUGGAGGCUACAAAUUGGAAUAGAUCAAAGGAACAGUUGCUACAGGCAAGAAGUAGCUUUAGAGUCCCAAUCUACCUGUCCUACUAGGAAGCCAGAGUCCUCAGCCAAAAGCCUCACUCAGCAUGUUGCCAUCCUCACUGGCAAGUAUGUGGCUUUUGCUUCCUCACUAAAUACAACAAACUUGAAGCUGCCCUUUCAGGGAAAACAAGAAAGAAAACAUGUUUAAGAUUAAAACAAAAAAAAUCCACCCCACAUACCCAGAGUGUCUUCAAAGUCCACGUUUAUAUUGGGGUUCUCUCCCUGGAAGCAGAGAGAGCUCAAAUUUCAUUAAGUAAGAAACUCCAGACCGACUGUUCACUUAACUGAGAGUGGUAAAACAAUGGAUUGUCUGAGGACUGAAAGAUGGCAUUGGUCAACAGGGAAGACAUAGGUGUCUAGUGUUCCUGUUAACCUGACUCAUGAGAUCCUAGGAUCUUGAGGGCCAUGGUUAUUUGUUUUCAGAACAGGGUUGUGGGGGGAGCUUUAAAAUUUCACCACAAAAAGAGCCAUAUCCUUAAAACUCAUGCAUAAAACAAGAGGUUUUCUUAGAUCUACAGCUUACCCUAAGAUAUGGAACAACUAGACUCUACUUUCCAACCGUUAUUAGAAUUAUGUGCUAAUAUUUAUUGAACUCUGCACUAAGCACUGUGCUAAAUGCUUUAUCUGCAUCCAUUUAUUUCUUCCUCAGAACAGUGCUUUGGAGUUGAACUCCCAACGAGGUUCCAUUUUACAGAUAGGAAAAUUUGGGACCUCAAGAGGCUAAGAAACUUAUUCAAACUCAGUAUCUAGAAAAUGACCAAGCCAGAGUGUGAGUCUUGUCCCUGAGCAGUUCACUAACAUUCAAGUUAGUUUUCAAGUUGGUGAGGAGUGCUCCCCUCCUAGGUUUUAGAUUAGACUUUCUAGAAUGAGUGAGGCCACACAACUUUCCCAUCUCUGUUUUCGGUAGACUCUUCUCAGGAAUGCAUACAAGAGUAAAGUGUGGAUCUGUGGAGGGGAGAGACAGAAAGCCUGACUGAAUUACAGAAUCUAGUACAAUGACAACAAGACCAACCAUCCAUUUUGUUCUGGGUAUGAUUCUUGCCAAGUCAGACUUCUUAAUCCUUAUGACUGGAAGAUAUCUCAGUUGUGAGCCUCAUAUGUAGGAGAACAUUUGAUAUGCAGCUAUGCAUCUAUAUGGACAGACAAUGCUGUUUUCCCAAUAUAUAUGUUUUCCUUCUCUUACAUCUCUCUCCAAAAAUCAGAUGUCUUAUUUUAUGUGAGAUCUUUGACACUUAGGCUUUCCUCUCUCCCUUUACUUCUAGUAAAAUAAAAUCACCAAAUAACUCAGAGCUCACUCUCUAUCACUGAGAAUCACCUAGAACUCAAUUAACCUGAAGCAUUCAAUACCACCUGGAGCAAGCCACUUUGACCCUGGAAUGGCUUCAUCCCCAACUCUUAUCAACUAUCACUAAAGGGCCAUAUCCCUCCCAAGGUGCAGAAUUCUUCCCACUAGAGCUUUGAGGCCAUCACUACCAAUUCUCAUGAGUUGGAAAUGAGAGCCAUUCUCUACCUUAACCAGGGCCGCUCUUUCAUAUUGGUGUCCCACCCUCAGCCCUGAGGCUAUAGCAUUCCAAAUUAAAAGCAGGAAGUGAACACAAUCUACACUCAUUAUAACUGGGUAGUUUUGAAUAUUGGCACCUUCUGAACACAAAAUUGGCAUUUGUUCCAUUAAGAGGAAAUAGACAAGAUCUUUUUUGAAAAACUAACUCUGAACUCAAGGUCUGUCUGAACAUUUUAAACACUACUAUGCCCUCAUGAAAGUCUUGCUGUGAGUCUGACCCUCAUGGAGCUGAGAGAUGCUAUGAGACAAGACGCUUGUGCAUCUGUGUGCAUUCUUCUGAUGACAGUGGAGGGUCUGGAUACUCUUGCACUCAGCCCCAGGGCUAGAGCUUGUUAGCUUCCACCUCUCAUACAACCUUAGAAAGGGAUUCACUAGAAAUGCUAAAGACCCUGGUUGGGUCAGUCAGGGAGUUCCCUUCCGAUGGUGUCAGUUUCCAAAUGGCAAAUCAUAUAUGGGCAUCUUUGACAAAUCUUACAUCACCAACCUCAUAAGAACCCUGAAAAAAUGUAAGUGGAGGCUUUUCUCUGUCCCUCCCUGAUUGGAAAUUACAGCAAAGUAAAGGGAACUGAUGGGAUUCUUAUACUAGAGUAACACAAAAGCAAUUUCUAGUCAAUAUUUUCAUGAGGAAGUGGGAUAAAUUUUCUCAUCUCUCUUAGUCAGCAUUUUCUCUCUAGAACCAUACCGAAGGUGCCCAUGUUUUAGAUAGGAAAGUGGAACAUCCAUCAUGAGGGGACUGAAUACCCUUUGGAGAGGACACUCUGGGGCUCUUAACAGAAAAGAUGAGGUCAUAGAAGUUGACAUAGAAGUCGAUUUGUUUGGUGAUUAUGACCUUUGGAAAAGGAACCUCGUCUGAAUUUGGCCUUUGUGUUAUUUUAGGUUUUGUUUGUUUUGAUUUGUUUUUCCUCUGGGUUUGGUGUGAUGUGAGACAAGUGUUUUAGUUUUGUUUUAAAUAACAUCAAAUCCUUGCACACUCUAUGCAAAAAUUUUGUAAGCAUUGCAAUAAUGCUAUGAAUUACAAGGAACUAUUUUAACUUUAUUACACUUUCUGUAUAAAAA